AUGCUUGUUCCCACAGACGACGAACUGCAGUCGUACGUGAAGCAGGUCAUGAAACAGCUGCACAGGUGGGUCUACGGAGGCUCGAUCUCGCGGCUGGUCGUGGCGAUUGUGUCGAAGGAAACGGGCGAGACGCUCGAGAAAUGGCAGUUCAACCUGGAAAUUCAGAAGCCCGACACCGAGCAGACGGAAGGCAAAACCAACGAACAGAUCCAGCGGGAGAUCCAGGCAAUUAUUCGCCAGAUCACCGCGUCGGUGACGUUUUUGCCCGAGCUCGAGGACGAGUGCACGUUCAACGUCCUUGUCUACGCCGACCCGAACUGUCGCGUUCCUGAAGAGUGGGGGGACUCGCGCACGCAUGAGAUCACGGGUGCAACUGAGAGCGUCAAGUUCCGCAGUUUCAGCACCACCAACCACCGCGUCGACGCCCUUGUCGAGUACAAGUACGGAUAA